UUAGUAUGACAAUUUUAUAUUUCUAUUAAGAUCUAGAAAUAUGAUUAUGUUAUAUUUUAGGUUAUCAGCGAUUUACCAAUGCCCUUUUAUCUGGUUUUCGACUAUCGGACCACACUGGAUGGUUCUGAACCUGGUUCAUGGUCCUUUGAACCCAGCUUAUAAUACUGACUUUCUCCAAGCUCGAGUCCCUCCUUUUCCUUUCUUGGGAAGAGUUGAAGAGCUGUGGACACAGAUGAAAGGAUUGUACCAUCACAAAUUUGAUUUUUUCUACGAGGAAGAACGUAUAUAUGAAAAACGCAUAGUCCCUAUCCUGCAGGAGCAGGGUAAACCAGUUCUUGAUUUUAACGUCAUAAAAUAUAAUGCAUCAUUACUGUUGGGUAACUCACAAGUAGCACUCAGUGACGCAGUGCCCUUGCCACCUAAUUACAAACACAUCGGUGGCUUUCAUAUUAAUGAAGUGGUAAAGCCAUUACCAGCGAAUUUACAAAAGAUAAUGGACGAUGCAGAGAAUGGUGUAAUAUACUUCAGCAUGGGCUCCAACUUGAAAAGCAAAACUAUGCCGGAGGAACUGAAGAAAGGCUUGUUGGAGGUAUUUGGCAGACUGAAGCAAACGGUCCUAUGGAAGUUUGAGGAAAAUCUGCCAGACCGGCCCAAAAAUGUCCAUAUCUUGCAGUGGGCGCCUCAACAAAGCAUACUGGUAUUUAUUUUUUCAGCUCAUCCCAAUCUGGUGCUUUUCAUUACACACGGUGGUCUCUUAUCACUCACCGAAGCAGUCUACUUUGGCGCCCCAGUUAUUGCCAUCCCAGUGUUCGCAGACCAGUUUCUCAACGCAAACCAAGUACAACAUAAAGGGAUCGGAGUGAAAGUUGAUCUUUCUUACAACUUACAUAAGGACCUGAAGAUUGCUCUGGAUGAAGUUCUUGGUGACCUUCCCAAAUAUACUGCCAGAGCAAAAGAAAUAUCUUCAGCAUAUCGGGACAACCCAAUAAGUCCUGGACAGGAGUUAAGCUUUUGGGUGGAGCACGUGGUGCGUACGCGCGGAGCCCCACACCUGCGCUCAGUGGUACUACAAGUGCCGCUGUACCAACAAAUGUACCUAGAUGUAUUAGUCGUACUACUAGCACCUGUUAUUAUUUUAUUAUUAGUGGUGAAGAAGAUUUUAUGUAACAUUUUGCCGAAGACCAAAAAGCUGAAGAAAAAUUGA